AUGUCCAAACAAACCGUCUUGAUCACGGGCUGCAGCGACGGCGGCAUCGGCGCCGCGCUGGCAGUGCUCUUUCAGCAGCGCGGAUGGCACGUCUUCGCCACCACCCGCGACCCCGCCAAGAUGGGUAGCCUUCGCGAUCUCCCCGACGUGACGCUCCUGGCGCUCGAUGUCGUCAAGUCGGACGACAUCAAGGCGGCCGUGCAGGCCGUCUCCGAGAAAACGGGCGGAACCCUGGACUGCCUCAUCAGCAACGCCGGACGCAAUCAUUUCAUGCCCAUUCUCGACGAGGACCUGGACGCGGUCAGGAACAUUUUCGAGAUCAACCUCAUGGGCCCGAUGGCUCUAACCCAUGCGUUUGCCCCUCUGCUCAUCAAGGCCAAAGGCAUCGCCGUCUACGUAACCUCCAUCUCCGGUUAUCUCAACAUUCCGUAUAUGGGAACGUACGCUGCAUCCAAGCGGGGCUUGGAAAUCGUCGCGGAAACGCUACGCCUCGAGCUGGCUCCCUUCGGCGUCGACGUGAUGGAGGUUGUCACGGGCGGGGUCAAGUCGAUGGGCCAGACAUACUUUGGCGACGUCAAGCUCCCGCAAGGGUCGCUCUACAAGAGCAUCGAGGACACAUUCGUGAGCCGAGCCCAGGGUAAUGACGGCAUGCCCAGGAUGGAGACGAUGGAAUAUGCGACCUCAGUUGUGGAUGAGAUCGUCAAGCGCACCACGGGUAAAUUCUGGUGUGGCGUGCACGUCGAGCAGGUCCGGAUGGGCACGACGGCAACCGCAGUGCCGCAGUCGGCCAUGGAUGCCGGAGCAGUCAUGGGAACAGGGCUGGAUGCAUUGCCACCAAAGGAAUAG